UGUGAUAUUGUCAUUGUGAGGAACUUAUAUUUUGGUAAACAAAGGAUGAAGUUGAUCCAUCUUAUGUUCCACACACGUAAUGUCUUAUUUUAUAUUGCAUAGAGACAUGGAAAGAUGGAUGCUGCGAUGAUACCAAGUGUUACAAGGUGAUGACAAAAACAUUGAGCGUGGAAUCCUAGAAUGACCAGACAUGUCUUUAUCCUACUACAAACAAUAUAGAACCAUGAUUCAUUCAAAGCACCCUUUAACAAAACAAGAAGGUUAAUCAAACAAAUCAAGAAAUGCAAGACACAAUAGAUUUUACAAUGUUUCACUUUUCUAUUCUAAUUUCUUUCUUUAUGAUCAUGUUUUGUUCAGGAGGUGAGUUAUUAUCAUCAGAGUCUCAUUCUUUCUUCAGUUUCCUUAAAGCUAUUGAUUCCAAUAAUGUACUCAACAUUAGCAAGAUAUCACAUCCAUGCUUGAUCAAUGGUGUAAGAUGCAACUCAAAUGCUACCAAUAUUUUAGAGAUAAGGCUUGAUAACAUGAACCUUAGUGGUAUAUUUGAUGCAGAUUCAUUAUGUAGACUCCAAAAGCUUAAAGUGGUUAGUUUAGCUAAUAAUAAUAUCAAAGGGACUAUUUCAUUCUCAAUUUUGCAUUGUACAAGAUUGGUAUAUUUAAAUGUAUCCAAUAAUCAAUUGAGUGGUAGGUUUCCAAAUAAGGCUUUAACAAGAUUGAAAUAUCUUACGAACUUAGAUGUAUCUAUGAAUAAUUUUUCUACUAGUUACAUGGCUCCAAUUAGUAUUAAGUUAGAGAGCAAUACAAUACAACCAACACCUAGUCCUUUAACUAACAAAACACCUAAAAAUGCAACUUCCGAAAUUGAAAUCAUGGUAGGGUUGGUUUUGGGAAUUGGAUUACUUUUGUCAUCACUAUACUUCAUGAUAAAGAAAUCAUCCAAAUUAAUGGGAGAGAUUGAGGUAAAGAAAAACAAUUUAGAUUCUCCUAUGAAAAAGGCUACAAGUGAGGGGAGAUUAAAAGGAGGAGAUAAUAAUAACUCAGAGCUUGUAUUCUUUGUUGAAGAUCAUGAGAGGUUCAAACUGGAGGAUCUACUAAGAGCUACAGCUGAUUUGAGAAGUGAAAACUUUUGGAGUAGUCUUUUCAAGGUAAAAUUUGAGAAUAAUGUUGAAUAUGCAGUCAAAAGAUUGAAGAAUUUGCAGGUAUCUUGUGAUGAAUUUCGCGAAAUAUUGAAGCAGAUAAGUAAAGUAAAACAUCAAAAUAUUCUCUCACUUGUUGGUUAUCGUUCUACAAAGGAAGAAAAACUUAUCAUUUACAAAUAUCAAAGCAAUGGAAGUGUGCUCAAUCUUUUAAACGAUUAUAUAGCACGAAGAAAAGAUUUCCCAUGGAAACUUCGUCUCAAUAUAGCAUGUGGAAUUGCAAGGGGUUUGGCCUUCAUUUACAAGAAGUUAGAAGAAGGGGAGGUCAAUAGUAUUCCUCAUGGAAACCUCAAGCUAUCAAAUAUCCUUCUUGAUGACAAAAACGAAGCCCUAAUAAGUGAACAUGGUUUAUCAAAAUUCUUUGAACCAGAUAGAGGUACCUUCUUUUCCUCUCAUGGAUACACAGCUCCUGAAAAGAGUUUAACAGAAAAAGGCGAUGUUUAUAGCUUCGGAGUGAUUCUACUAGAACUACUAACAGGACAAAGCAUAGAAGUUAGUAGAAUAGACCUUGUUAGAUGGGUGAGGUCAAUGGUGAGAGAGGAAUGGACAGGAGAGGUAUUUGAUAAGGAAGUUAGGGAAAAUGAUCAUCAAGGUGCAUUUUCAUUGUUGAACAUAGCUCUUAUGUGUGUGUCACGUUCACAAGAAAAUAGGCCAAAUUUUGGAGAAAUUUUGGAGACAAUAGAGGGAGUUAUGAAUGCACAUGACCAACAACAGAUGGAACUUUCUGCUUCAAAAUGUUGUUCUAAUGGAUCCAAUCAAGAAUGUUGUUCACUUCAUCAAAUCAUACCUGAUACAUGGGAUUCUCCUGGAUCAAAUUAUUGAUCUUCAUGCAUGAUCAAAAAGAGAUACGUUAAGUUUACUAUUGUUUUAGCAUAAAUAUCAAGGUCAUUCCUUUGUACAAACCUUAUUUAGGUGAUCUACGAAAUGUUGUUUUUAAUAACUUAGGAUUACUCUAUGCAUGUCAUAAUAUUUUGCUUCUAUAUUAUUAUUAGGGAUGUCAAUGAAUAUCCACAACACAGAUAAUA